AUGAUCAAAGUUGAAAAAAUGGUUGACCUUGCCCAGUUAAUGGAAAAUGAAAUAUUCAUGGCAUUUGCCUUCUAUACAAUGAUUGUUAUUUCAAAAAUGAUGUUUAUGAAUACUACACCUGCAUUCUAUAGAAUAACAAGAAAGGUUUUUGCCAAUCGGGAAGACUGUACAAGCUUUGGCAAAGGAGAAAAUGCCAAGAAGUACCUUUGGGUUGAUGACAGAGUAGAACAUGUAGGAAGAGCCCACCUGAAUGACCUUGAAAAUAUUGUGCCAUUACUUGGGAUUGGCCUUCUCUAUUCCUUAAGUGGCCCAGAUCUCUACAGCUAUCCUGCACUUCAGAUUCUUUAUUGGAGCACAGAUCUACCACACAUUAUCAUAUUUGUUACCCUUUCCUCAGUCAAAUCAUGCUUUAGCUUUCAUUCUUGUUGGAUAUGGAAUUACUUUGUCAAUGGCUUACAGAUUGCUGAAGACUAG